GAGCUGUGCUAUUUUCAUCCGACGCAAAAAGUGCAUGUGCUGCUGAGCUCUUUUUACAAGAGCUACGGUGUGUAGGGACCAGGUCAUAUUGUCAGUUAUCUGCACCCCCAGGAACUUGGUGCUGCUUACCAUCUCCACCGCUGUGCCGUUGAUAAAGAGUGGAGCGUGGCUGGACUGGUGCUUCCUGAAGUCAACGAUGAUCUCCUUGGUCUUGUCGACGUUCAGGACCAGGUUGUUGGUUCUGCACCAGUCGACUAGAUGUUUCACCUCCUACCUGUAGUAGGAGGUGAAACUUUCCCACUUUGUCUAGCGCUUUGUCUCUGUCCUUGCGGCGGUAUUUUCCCCUUUUGCAAAGUCAGCAACCAUAUAAAUGUACAUUUUUUGAUAAUGGUUGCAAUUGCGGACUUUGUUCUUCCAUAUUUGUAAGCCAAUCCGUGUGCCUAUGGCGCCACCGCCGCAGUCUACUUGCAAAUAUGUAAACGUCGGGGACCCACUUCUUCAAAACGGCGUGUACAGGUAGCGAUGUCAUCUAAUUGGCAGCCUCCAUAGAGCAUCCAGCGGCACACAAAAUUAAUAAAUAAAUGAAAGAAGCGAUCGUACACCGAGACAUGGGUCGCACAUCGAGACAUAUUUGGCUCGAUGUAAACAUUCCUAUACCGAAAAACCCCCGCAAAUAGAGGCAUCCGUAGACUAAAGUUCCGCUGUCCUCUACCACUCACCAAUAAGUGGUGCGGUGCAGAUCAGUUAUUUUAAUAAAAUUCACAAUUGUCAAUGGAGAUGUGAAAAAUUGUGACAGUCAGCCUUUAAAGCCUUUUGUGUUUGGCUGUUGGUCAUGAGAUGUGAACGCUCGGUCAGACAGCGAGCCCAUUGUUUUAGCUGACAUCAUGGCCAGUACUAGGAGGGCAGAGGACAGGAGGAGACAUUAGUGUUGACUGGCAGGCAACAGCACAGCAUCGUCAUGACUUUCGCUAUGCCAGCUGUUUUUCUUUUUGGUGUCUUUGCUUUGGCGUCUUCAGCCACGCAAGUGGGUCUGAGCGCCAAGGUUCUGCUCUUCCCGUAUGAGACGGAUUUCAGCUACGUGACGCUGACUCCGCUCAAGGAGAUGACUCUCAAGGCCUUCACUCUGUGCUUACGUGUGGCCACCGAGCUGCCCGAAGAGCGCCAGAUCAUUCUGUUUGCUUACCGCACGGACGACUAUGACGAGCUCAACAUGUGGCGAGAGAAGGACGGGCGUAUUUCCUUUCACAUGAGCGGCGACGGCACUUUCUUUCACCUCCCACCGCUGGGAACCUUUCGCACUAGCCUGUGCUUGACAUGGGAGUCAGUUGCUGGACUCACUGCUUUUUGGGUGGACGGGAAGCGCAGUACAUACCAGGUUUACAAACCUGGACACAGCAUCCGUCCCAAAGGCACUGUCCUUCUGGGCCAGGACCCUGACAAACACCUAGGGGGCUUGGAGGCCCUGCAGAGCUUCGUGGGGGAGAUGACUGAUGUGAAUAUGUGGGACUUUGUUCUGUCCGGGAGUACCAUUCAGGCUUGGCAUUAUGGCCGCAAGGUCCCUGAAGGCAACAUCUUUAACUGGGCCACUAUUGAGUAUGAGCUGACUGGCAACGUGAAGGUGGUGGAUGACGACUGACUCAGUGUGGCAUCAUGUGGAGGGGUGAUAAACAUCUGUGUUGGACUGCUCCUGAAGUGUGCCUUACUUUUAUAUAUGUAAUCUUACCUUACAGGCCUCAAUGUGCUUGGUUUGUGAUAUACGGUCAUUUUAAAUAUAACAAUUGCAGUCCAGCAAUAGGUGUUUGUUUCACUCAAAGCAACAAGAUGCAUCCAUAAUGGUAAUAGUAAACAUUUAAUAAUUAUUAGUCAUUUAUUUUAUAUUACAUUUUCCUAUUUUUUUAAUCAUUAUAGUAUUAUUUAAGAUUUUUUGUUUUAAUUUUGUCAUUAUUGGUAAUAUCUAUCAUAAUAGAUAGAUAAACAUUUAAAGUUAUUGUCAUUACAUUGUACCUUUUUGCUGUUUCCCCCCCCCUCCCCCUCCCCCAAUUUUACUCCUUUGUACAAUAAGAGUCUAAUUGAUAGUAUUUUUUUUUUUCUUUUUCACAUCUACUAAUUUUUUCAUACUUAAAAGAAUAACAACACUCAACAAUAGGGAUAAUUAUAUUUAUUUAAUUUAUUGGAUUAUCCAUGCAUCCACCGGGUGGCACUCCCGCUCAUGUCAAACUGAGUUGUGUAUAAUUAUUUACUCUCUAUUUAAAUGUGAAAUUUGAUUCAACACACUUAAUAAACA